UUUACAAACAUCAAAAUGAAAUCUUUCAUUGUCAAAUUAACCUAUACCACAACGUUGUAACUUUUUUAUAACUGAUGAUAAAACACAAUUAGAAAAAAUAACACCAUGGCAGUUGCAAGUCCCGUAGAUUGUUUUUUUGAUCCCCUUUUUAUUGUUUCCGGGCCUAAAGAUCACUUUAGAAUGGCUGCUCCUGCUAUUAUGCAUAAUGCGCAAUACACAAUUCUUCCAAUAUUUCCAACAAUGUUUUCCGAUUUGUCGCACAUUCCAAAACAACAAAUAGGCAUAAAACCGGGAAUGGAUAAGAUCCCACCGUUUGUUGAUAAAACAAAACGAAAAGGUGAUAAGGUUGAUGUCACAGGAGCAGACAGAGUUAAAUAUUUUCACAGACCGAAUACAAGCGCAGUCGUUACCGCAUUAUCUUUUUUAACUCCAAGACAUGUAACUGAAGAAGUUGUAACUCCAAAAAUUGAAAUGGUCAACAAAAAAAUACAAACUCAAUACAGGGAUUCGUCGGCUCAAACAUCACCGUGGCAGCCAGAUUAUAAUCUAGCCGAAGGUAGUGAUCCGGAAAUAUUAAAAUUAGAUUUUUUAAAAUGGGGCGAAGGCCUCCCAGCCGGCGAUCAUGAAAUUAAAAUGAUUGAAAGAGCUCGGAUGAAAAGAGCUUGGGAAAAACGAUUACCUCCUUUAACAAAUCCAAAAAAUAUCGAGAAAAGACGCGAAAUUAUUGCGGCGGUUGAAAGAGAUGAAUGGGCGUUUAGGGAACAAGAAAUACAAGAUAUUCAAGAUUUACGCAUGGAGUUACUUGAAAAAAUGCUUGAGGAGUUAUUGGAUAAAACAAAAAUGAGAACUGAUAUAAAAAUGAAACUUUAUUGUAAGAGCAAACUGAAAGAAAGAGAUGAAAAAUUGCGUAAAUUGAAGGUGGCAGCUACAAGAGAAAUGAGACGAUUAUCAUUUAAUCACCGUGGUAUUAUUUUGAAGUAUCAUAAAGUAAAUGUUAUCGAUGAAGUUUCCGACUAUAAAUCUGAAGUAUACGCUCCAUUAACAAGACAUGGCAAUCAUCCUAAACGAUGGCAUCAAGUUAUUAACGAACACUUUAAAAAAUAUAACGCUAAAUACGCUGGUGUUGAGAAUUACGAAACUAUUCCAAAAUGGUUACUACAUGGCACAGAAAUUCAAGAUUCUAAAUUAAAACUACCCGGUACAAGAUUAUGUAUACGCGAAACUAAAUGGUCUUCUCCAGUACUAAAGAAACUUCAUGAAGAAUUGAAAUGUCUUAGACAAGUAACUAGAACUAAAUGCAGACUUCGCGUUCGAAUUAGAGACCCACCUGCUGAACCUCCUACUCCAGAAGUGGAAGUUGAGGAAGAGGACGAAGAUUUAGAAGCUGUGACCAUGAUGCAAAGCAUCAUUCGAGGAAGAGCUGCCCAAAUUUUGGUAUUUGCUGGUAGAGAUAAUUGCAGAGAAUUGAUACAAGAAUUAAGAAGUACUCACGGUGUAUUGAACGAAGAGCAAGUACAAGUGUUUAAACAGAAACUCGAAGUUAAAUAUGACCAACGUGAAGAAUCAUUUUGUAUCGAAAACUCAAGUAAAAUACAAGAAGCACUCAACCGGUUACAAGGAACGGUUGUUGGGACACUAUUGGAUUUCCUCAAUAAAGAAUUACGAAGACUUUUAGAUGAAAGAAAAGCUCAUGCGAUUGGUUUGGUGGCCGAACGCGAAAGAGCAAGGCGAGAAGCCGCCGAAGCCGGAAGAAGACAAGCUGAAUUAAGACGAAGAAGAGAACACGACGAAAUGUUUAAACAGGUAGCUAAAGUACAUCAAGAAACGGUUGAUUUGUAUUUGGAAGAUAUUAUAACUGAAGGAUUAGAAUUUGCAUCAACUGAAGAGGCGAAAAAAUACGUAACCAGAUUAGCUGAAAAAUUGGAUGAAGAAAUAUACGAAACCGACAGAUUAAUAAAACACGACAUCUCGGAGCAAGAAGAAUUAAUUGCCGAUAUGGUGCAUCAUUUCGUUUUGCCGGAAGUUGAGAAACAAAUCGUUAGAGAUCGAAUUAAACGAAAACAGAAGGGAAUAUUGAGGGUGAUCCAUGCUAAAUUAUUUGGAAAAAUUGAAAACCUUCCAAAUCCUGAUUUACCACGAACCGAAUCUCAACUUAUGAGAGCUUUAAAUAAAGAUACAGAUGAUACUUCUACUGAACCCAUUCAAACAACUGCAGUGCAAGAAGGAGGAGAAGACGAAGAAAAUAAUGAAUUUGCAUUUGAAGAAAUCGAGGAUAUACAAUGAAACUCAACUUAUUUAGAAAGGAUGUUCAUUAUAAAAACAAAAAAAUUAAAGUAUACUGUUUAAAAAACAGCUCAAUACAUCCUACAAUUUAUAUUAUUACAAUAAAAUUGUUUUUAUAAUAAAAUAAAGAACAGUAGAUUCUCUAA